GUAAAUAGGAAAUGAAAAAUUGCAUUAUAUUGCUCAUAUUACAAUACAAUAGUAGGUCUUGAGAGAGAUAAUUCAAAGUGAUCUCGUAUGUCUUAUUCGCAGUAUAGCGUUAUACUACGCUUUCGCUGAUUUUGCGUAUUCUUUGACGGGCAAUAUAAAUAAAAAUAUUUUAGUUAAGUAAAAUGAAGUGUCAUGGCGUGAAUUUAACCGAAGGUUUCGUAGACGUAAAUACAGUGCCCACCAAAAUCACUUGUUUCGGGAAGUGGUUAAAUGAACUGGAUGAAAAUGAGGAACUGGUUGUGUUUAUAACCGGUAAUCCUGGAAUGAAUGGUUUUUAUAAGGAAUUUGUGGAGACUGUCCAUAGAAAAUUGGGAUGGACUGCAUGGAUGAUUGGCCAUGCUGGACACAACGAUCCUCCAAAGAAUUACGAGACGCUUGUGCCAAAACUCGAAGAAGAUAAUAAAGAACUUUUUGGAUUGAAAGGACAGAUAAAACACAAGAUUGAAUUCUUCGAGAAGUACGUCCCGAAGACAGCAAGAGUCCAUCUGAUAGGACAUUCAGUAGGAUCCUACGUGAUCAUCCGGAUUUUGGAACACCCUUCAGUUAAACCGAAAGUAGCUGAUGUGAACCUACUUUUUCCAACUAUUGAAAACUUGGCACUGUCAACGAACGGAAAAUUUUUGAUCCGCAUCCUUCCUAAAAUCACUUGGCUUGUCAUUUUGGUUACAUCGAUCUUCAGUAAUCUUCCUCGAAUUAUUCAAACCUUUUUUUUAUACAUAUUCUUCGUUAUCAGUGGGAUUUCAGCUUCUGAACAUCUUGAGAAUAUAAGGGAAUUUUCAAGCCUAGAGAAGUUACGGAAGAUAUACUUUCUCGCUUUAGAGUGCUUUGAAAAUAUACGAGAAAGGGACGAUAGAGUACUAAAAAAAAAUUCGGACAAAAUAUCUAUUUGUUACGGUAUACAUGACGGAUUUACAGAUAAUGUGGAUUAUAAAAAAGUAAGUGAAUGCAUUCCUGGCAUGAGGGUCCAUGUUUGGAGCUAUGAUCAUGUUUUUGUGUUAAAGCAAAGUAAGUUAGUUGGUCAGCUUGUAUCGGAGUUUAUAGAAGAUAGAAUAAAGGCACGAUAAACC